AAACCUUUUUGGUUAGUUAAUAUGUUUGUUAUUGCAGAAGAACACGCCGUGGCUAUCAGUGCCACAGUUUGGUGAUUGGGACCAAAAAGGAGGAGGAACAAUGCCUGACUACUCUAUGGAUUUCACUAAGAUUAGAGAGAUGAGGAAACAAAACAAAAGAGACCCUUCUCGUGCCAGUUUAGGCAACGAGGAUGAGCUCAUUAAUCCACCCGACUCAGCUGCUACUUCAACUACUGCUAAACUCACCACUAUCCAAAGCCAAAACCGACCUGACUUUUCUCCCAUCCACCAUCACCAACCACAUUCUCCUUCUACGAGGAGAAGCAUCUUCAGCUGCUUCAACUGCUGCGUCAAGGCUUGAAGGUUUCUUUUUUUAAGCAAAGGAGCAGUUUCAUUAUUGACUUGUGUGAUUCGAAUAUGGAAAUGUAAUGUAAUGACCCUUUAAUAUAUGUUUCAAUCCAUUUCUCUUUUUCUUUCUU